AUGGCCUCGAAGUGGAAACGAAAGAAAGGCCUGGAGCCAGACAAAGACGUGGUUGCAGUUGACACGACCGAGCUGUCCCCACUGGGGCACUGCCUUCUGGAGCAGUUUGCUGCCGGGGCCUCCGGCCCUUCAAUCCAGAAGCUUGCUUUGGCUGCUACUAAAACUUUCGGCGAGAGCCCGGCCGACUUGAUCGACUUGGCAUCUCUCGGCAACUUUGGCAGAAACCCAGGCAACUGUGCCGAGCAGUUGACGACACGGUAUUGCAAAUCGGAAGCCGGCAAUUUGCCAAGGCCGUACUUGCUCGAAGUACCAGUUCGUGUCCGAAGCAAUGUGGAUUGUGCAGUCAGUGUGGUGACCAAAGACGUAGCCAUCUAUUUGCCACAUGAUUGGUUUGCUUGGGUCGUGAGCGACCACAUAUCCGAAGAUGCCACAGAAGUCUUGACCGGUUUGUCCGGGCUGCAAAAGUUUUGGUCCGAGCACAACAAGUCCGAUCCGAAGUUGAAAGGGAACCCCAUUUCGAAGCAGAAGAUGGAGAAGUAUGUGCCUUUUGUGGUCCAUGGCGACGGUGGUGCUUUUCAAAGAAAUGACAGCAUCAAUGUGUUGUCCAUGCGAAGUUUGCUGUCAGCUGCGAAUGUCGGUUUGAGCCAGUUCUUGCUUUUUUCCAUUCCCAAAGCAUGUGUGAACAAGAGUGACGACAUCGAGGAAGACACGAUGCACCACAUUUGGAGGGCCCUCGCCUGGAGCUUCGAAGCACUCUUUCGAGGGGUCCAUCCCGUGGCAGAUCAUCAAGGUGUCGUGUUUGCCUUGUCUGGUGAUGGUGUUACAGCACACAUUCUUGCAAACUGCUGCUUUGACUUCGUCAUGAAGCCUGGCUGGGUAGGCGGCCAAGAUGUGAAGAUGAAAGCAUUGUUCCACAGGGUCUUGCAGCAAUACGAGGAGCUUUGCAUCGCCUCGGAGAACAGAAUCGGAAGGCUGCAGCCGUCCAAUUUCUGCAAUCCGAAAAAUAAAUUCGGACAAUUCCCGUCCAUGUCAGGCAUCAAAGCCCGACACUUGAGGUAUCUGGUCCCGUGUUUCCGAGAAAUCUGUGACCAUGAAAAAGAUGAGAGAAAACCAUACACCGUGCACAGGUGGAGCUGCUUGCAUCACAUGGAGAUAGUGUACCAAUGUCUGGAGAAGGCCAGUUUGCAUUUGGAUCCUGGAGCCCGGAGAAGAAUCGCAUCUUCAAUGGACUUGUGCCUGCAGCAUUACACCAAGUGCUGCAAACUCUGCAUGCAGGAAGGGUUUCUGCAGUGGAACAUUACACACAAGCAUCAUUUGUCCUGCCAUCUUGCAGCCCAAGCUCAGUACCUGAACCCGAAAUUCGUCAGUACGUACACCGGGGAGACGAUGGUGGGGUACAUGGCCAGCCUUGGCCAUGCCUGCCUGAAUGGCACUCCUCCUCACCUGGUGCCAGAGAAAGUAUGCUGGAGAUUUCGGUUAGGCAUGUGGCUGAAGCUUUUAGGCCAAGACUUCGCUGAGGACGAAGCUUGA